CAGACGCACCGCUGCAGGACUGAGAGCCGGAGGAUACACACGGCAUCAUGAAGGAGAAGUCUAAAAACGCGGCCCGGACACGGCGGGAAAAGGAGAACAGUGAGUUUUAUGAACUGGCCAAACUGCUGCCGCUGCCCUCCGCCAUCACCUCGCAGCUGGAUAAAGCCUCCAUCAUCCGGCUGACCACCAGCUACCUGAAGAUGAGAGUGGUGUUUCCUGAAGGCCUCGGAGAGUCUUGGGGUCAUGUGAGUCGCAGCACUUCUCUGGAUGGAGUCACCCAGGAGCUGGGCUCCCAUCUCUUACAGACAUUAGAUGGCUUUAUCUUUGUGGUUGCUCCAGAUGGGAAGAUAAUGUACAUCUCAGAAACAGCCUCCGUCCACUUGGGCCUGUCGCAGGUAGAGUUGACGGGAAACAGCAUCUAUGAAUACAUCCACCCAGCAGACCACGACGAGAUGACAGCCGUCCUCACAGCACACCAGCCUUACCAUUCACACUGUGUUCACGAGUACGAGAUGGAGCGCUCCUUCUUUCUGAGAAUGAAAUGUGUCCUUGCUAAAAGAAAUGCUGGUCUUACGUGUGGAGGCUACAAGGUGAUCCACUGCAGCGGCUACCUGAAGAUCCGUCAGUACAGCCUGGACAUGUCUCCAUUUGACGGCUGCUAUCAGAACGUGGGGCUGGUGGCUGUGGGGCACUCGCUGCCCCCCAGCGCUGUCACUGAGAUCAAACUGCACAGCAACAUGUUCAUGUUCAGAGCCAGCCUGGACAUGAAGCUCAUCUUCCUCGACUCACGGGUUGCAGAGCUGACAGGCUACGAGCCUCAGGACCUAAUAGAGAAGACUCUCUAUCAUCAUGUGCACAGCUGUGACUCCUUUCACCUGAGAUGUGCUCAUCACUUGUUGCUGGUGAAAGGUCAGGUCACCACUAAGUAUUACCGUUUCCUGGCCAAGCCUGGAGGCUGGGUCUGGGUCCAGAGUUAUGCAACCAUCGUACACAACAGCCGCUCCUCCCGCCCUCACUGCAUCGUCAGCGUCAAUUACGUCCUCACGGAGACGGAGUAUAAAGGCCUACAGCUUUCUCUAGACCAAGCCACGUCCAAGGCCUCCUUCCCCUACAGCAGCAGCUCCGGCAGCCUUACGGAGAGCUGCAGAACUCCCAAGAGUAGAGCAACCCGGCCCAAGACCAAAGCAAGGCUCUCGCCAUACACACAGUAUCCUAGUUUCCAGACGGAGCGCUCGGAGUCAGACCAGGACAGCCCGUGGGGCAGCAGCCCCCUCACAGACUCAGCCUCCCCCCAGCUGCUGGAGCACAGUGAGGGUCUGGAUGCCUCCUGUGUGUACAGACAGUUCUCUGAUCCCCGCUCGCUCUGCUACAGCCUGUCCGAAGAGCGCCAUCACAACGGCAGCGACGGCCACACACACCUCCACUCACAAGGUCAGAGCUGUGAGCGAGGUCGAUGUGAGGCGGGACGAUACUUUCUAGGAGCACCCCAAACUGGCCGAGACGCGUGGUGGGGCAACACCCGGUCUGUCCUGCCGUUGAGCAAGAGCUCCCUGGAGAACCACGAAGGAUAUGACAGCAACGUGCAGCACAUCACAGCCAUCAACAGCCACCACGGCCAGGGCCACUGGGACGAGGAGAGCGUGGUGAGCUCUCCGGAUGGAGGCUCAGCCAGUGACUCAGGGGACCGGUUCCACGCUGACCACUACCGCUGCAGCCCGCAGGAACCCAGCAAGAUCGAGACCCUGAUCCGAGCCACGCAGCAGAUGAUCAAGGAGGAAGAGAUUCGACAUCAGCUGCGCAAGGGCCCUCAGGAUGGCCCACUGGGGCCAGCCAAUGGGCUGCCCAAGGGUCCCGGUUCAUGCUUCACUCCAGAGUAUAGUCAAGGGCCCCUCCCACUACAGACGGUGGUGUGUCGAGGUCUGAGUCAGGUGAUCAGUCCCGCCCCUAGUCCCGCCCCUCUGUCCAGGCUCAGGAGUCCCGGUCCUGAGCUCCUCCACAAGCCCAAAGACUACCUCCAGACAGACGGGUCCCCCCUCUCUCUGCCGUUACACCACCCAUUUGGGCGGUUGGGGCCCUGCUCUGCUUCCCCCACCUCAGCCCCUAUCGUCUACCCCUCCCACACCCACACCCACCCACGGCCCUACUUGGACAAGCAUAAAAGUUACUCCCUGACCGGCUACGCUCUGGAGCAUCUCUAUGACCCGGAGAGCCUUCGAGGCUACUGCACCUCCACCAGCACGGGCCCCACCCACUACGAUGUGACCCCUCACCUCCGUAUGCCAGCAGAGCAGACCCCCGGACAUAAAGGCACCUCUGUCAUCAUCAGCAACGGCAGCUAA